AUGGAGAAAAGCUAUAAACGAGCGGUAGAAAUUCUACACCAAAGACGCCGCCUGCUGAGGCCAAGCGUCUUAUCAGACAAGAGCUUGUCAGGCUUGACCCGAAUUCCUAAGUCAAACGAAAGUUCUGAGUUAAAAGGAACCCCCAGUAUUCUAGGUAUGAGAAAAUGGUUGGAUGAACUCGGCCACUCUGACGAGGAUAUUAAUAGACUUAAUAUUAUCCACAUUGCUGGAACGAAAGGUAAAGGAAGCACAUGUGCUUUUGUGGAUUCAUUUUUGAGGGCGCAUGGAAAAAGAACUGGGUUUCCACAGAAGAUUGGUCUCUAUACCUCACCACAUCUCAUUCAUCCAGAAGAGAGGAUUCGGAUCAAUUUCCAGCCUCUUCCGAAAGACCUAUUCGCAAAGUACUUUUUUGAGGUAGAAGAUGUACUUUCGCGGAACGACGAGCAGAGCUCAGGCACUCGACCUCGUUUCCUCCAACUUUUCGCGCUCUUCUGCAUCCAUACUUUCAUCAGAGAAGGUGUUGAUGCUGCGAUCUUUGAAACACACCAUGGCGGCGAAUAUGACUCUACAAAUGUCUUCGAGAAGCCUGUUGUAACAGCCGUCACAACUCUUGGACUAGAUCAUGUCAAGCAACUAGGUUCCUCGCUUCAAAGUAUUGCUUGGCAUAAAGCAGGCAUUUUCAAAUCUGGAGCCAUGGCAUUUAGCUCGCCUCAGGAAUCUGAAGGUGCAAAUAUGUUGAGCAAGCGAGCGUCUGAUAUUGGCGUCAAACUUGAGUUCGUUGAUAGAGAGCCAUCUCUCACUGAUCAUCCAAUGCAGCUGGAACCGGACGUCCAGCGAACGAACUGUUCAUUGGCCCUUGCAAUUGUGCGCGCAUUUUUGUGCAAAACGACAAACUCUAACACCCAAUUGAGUUCUUCAGAUAUCAACCAGGGCAUAGAAAAUUUCUCUUGGCCUGGUAGAUUUCAGAUGAUCGUUCAAGAUCAGUUUCACUGGUUUUUAGAUGGUGCACACAACGAGAUGAGUGUGGUCAUAGCUGCGGAGUGGUUUCUCGACAUUUCGAAAGCUCAGACACUUAACUUACCUGUCAUGCGAGUCCUGGUAUUCAGCCUUCUUACUGACCAAAGAGAUGGUGCUGCAGUUUUCGAACGCCUAGCUGCAUCGCUUGUGGGCAGUGGAAUUGAGCACGUAAUAUUUACUACAUAUGAAUGGGGAGAUAUAUCUAGCUCUAUAGAUGACACAAACUCGGAUGUUCCUUCGACCACUCUGCAGAUACAACAAGAUUACGCAAAUAUCUGGAAACGAUCACACACUGAUACGAACAUUCACUUUCAGCCGACCAUCAAAAGAUCACUAGACGUUAUCAGAAAUAUCAGUGACGACUGUGGCAAUGUGCAAACAUUAAUUACGGGAAGCCAGCACCUCGUUGGUGAGCUAGCAUCUACACAACUCCAACUUCAUUUCGGACGCAGAACUUCGCCGGGUUCCCGUCUUGCUGUUACUCCAACCACAGCCACAAUGCAUCCUCGACUCCCCACUCAUCAGAUGCGUCUUCGGACCAGACCAUCCUCCUCAUCUCAUGCUAUGCAUCUUCGAAGCUACACGAACCAAUCUCGAGCCCUCGAAUCUCAGAUUAUCAGGAAACGGAAGAGACAAAAUUUCGAGGAAGAUUUCAGAUCAUUGGCUCCAGCCACGAGGAAGAGACAAAAACGCAUGCCUCAGUUUACCUUGUUUCCAAUGCUACCAGCAGAGCUAAGAUUGAUGGUUUGGAAGUUUGCUAUUGGCAGUAAACCCCGGAGUAUUUCGUUGUCAGUCUUCCCCCCUGGCAACGCUUCCCCGUCUUAUUUUGGCGGGUUUCGAGCACGAAGUUAUCAGUCGGAAAUUCCACCACUUCUUCACGUCAACCACGAAAGUCGGGAACUUUCCAACCAAAUAUACACCAACUGGAUGCAGGUUAUCAUAUCUCCCUCCGAUGAAGGUCCCGUCGAUCAAGCAACCAUCUAUAUCAACCCCGCUGUGGACAUUCUUCACAUUGAAUAUCAUCGCAAUUUGAACCCUUACGUACUAAUCUUCGAACAAUAUCCUAUCUUGAGGACAUUUAAACACCUGGCGUUUGACCCUGUGGGAUAUCAUGAAAGUGGCCAUGACGUGAUAUGUGACUUGUUCCCGGACCUGGAACAAAUCACCCUGUCUACCAGUCUUGCUAUAUAUGAAAGUCAGGGCGGAAACAUGACGGUCAUGCGAUCAUAUUCUUGUUUAUGGGCAAUAAAUUUCAAACAGAAAUGGAGGGAGGUUUAUGGCAACAAACCGCUCCCUAAGCUCACGAUGAUAGACUCUUUCAGAGGCUUGCCUACGUUAGGGCGAGCAGUUUUCCAUGAAUUAAAGUGGAAUACUCGCAUCCUAAACCAACUAGUGGAAAUCUCUAAGACUCAUAAUGGGGUUCACAAUUGA